CUCGCCUCCCCGGCUGGCUCCGUCUUCGGUCGCCGCUUCGCAACCCCGGCCCCGGCCCGGCCGCGUGGGGCCCCUCCGCGUGCAGACCGGAUGCACCCCGUCCCCACCAUGAGCGAGCUGGGGUUGCCCUACCCCAGCAGAGACUGGGCCCCCUGACACCUUCCCAAGUCCUCUGCGCGCUGGGCCCUGUCAUGUCCCAGGAGGGAGAGGGGCCAGACCGAGGGGCCCGGCCCAAGGAGAGGUCGGGCGAGGCUGGGGGGCGGUGCAGCGGACGCAGGAGAACAAAGCUACUGGAGCCCCGGGCAGGGCAGGACUCGGAGGGGGCCGAGCCGGGCCGGCGGGCAGGGCGCUCGCUGCGGCAGAGGAUCCAGGAUGCGGUGGGCCAGUGUUUCCCCAUCAAGGGAAGUGGUGGGGCCCGCUCCCCCGAAUUCUCCCCUUCCCAGCGCAAGAUCCACCUGCGGGAGCUGAUGCUGGAGACCUGCCCCUUCCCGGCUGGCUCGGAGCUGGCCCGCAAGUGGAACCUCAUAAAACAGCACACGGCGCCCGUGUCGGCGCAGGAGGGACUGGCCUGCGGCAAGGCGGGGCCGGCGGAGGACGAGGACGACCGGCUGCGGGAGCGGAGGCGCAUCAGCAUCGAGCAGGGGGUGGAGCCGCCUCCGGACGCCAUGAUCCACACCUUCGAGGCCACGGCGCAGAUCAACCUGCUCUACAAGGUGGGGCCCAAGCUGGCCCCCGGCAUGAACGAACUGGCCGGGGACAACCGGGCCACCCUGGCCCCCCAAGAGGAAGAGGAGGAGGAGUUGGUGGCGGCAGCAGCGGCCCCAGAGCCGGAGCUCCGCGUCCACACCCAGAUCGACUACAUCCACUGCCUGGUGCCGGAUCUGCUGCAGCUGACCCGGCUGCCCUGCUACUGGGGGGUGAUGGAUCGCUACCAGGCCGAGGCCCUGCUGGAGGGGAAGCCGGAAGGAACCUUCCUGCUGCGGGAUUCGGCCCAGGAGGAUUAUCUCUUCUCGGUCAGUUUCCGGCGCUACGGCCGCUCACUCCACGCCCGGGUCGAGCAGUGGAACCACAACUUCAGCUUCGACGUGCACGACCCCGGCGUCUUCCAUGCCCCCACCGUCUCGGGCCUGUUGGAGCGGUACAAAGACCCUAGCGCCUGCAUGUUCUUCGAACCCCUGCUCUCCCGCCCCGUGUGCCGGCCCUUCCCCUUCGCCCUGCAGCACCUGUGCCGGGCCGUGGUGGCCGGCUGCACCUCCUACGAUGGCAUUGGCCGCCUGCCCAUCCCCAGCGCGCUCCAGGAGUACCUCAAGGAAUACCACUACAAGCAGAAGGUGCGGGUGCGGCGGCUGGACACCCGCUGGAACUGAGCCCAGAGCCCGGCCCGUGGCUUUCGUCCUCUGGGCCACGGCCCAAAGAUGAGGGGCCGGCUCCAGGAUCAGGGCCGAUAUGAGGCCGUAUUGCCCGUGAACUUUGUCUUUUAUAGCAGGUUCUGGGCCCCCUGUGCUCUGGGACUGUCAGAAAGAACCCUGUGUCCCAAUUACUGCCCCCCCACCACCACCCGGGGCUGAGGAGGGGGAAGUUUCGUUAAAGGAGCCCCUGCCUCGCUCCUGGUGGUGGGAAGACACAGCCGGAGCCUCAAUCAGCUGUUUUAUUUAAAGGGGCUGGGUUGCUGGAAUAAAGUCUUGUUGCUGUGACUGUAA